GUAAGUAACUGCCAGCUUGGUUGCAGUUGGCUGUGAAGGCUGUGCGGUGAGAACAAUAGCUAGCCUCCUCUCUCCUUUACAUGGCAAACGUACUCCUCCAGAGGCUCUGGAUGUUUUAGAAAGCACUGGAGGACCACCACAAAGGCAAAUCUUACAUUCUUUUGAUCCCGUGUGAGUUUUGCUAAGUCAUAAGAGUUGGAUUCAGCUGGAUUGUGAUAAACCACAAGAUGGCCUUGCAACACAAAUUAAACUUUCUUAGAAAAGGACUGAGUGGUUCAUGGGUGAAGUUUUUCAGGGUUUUGUUCAUGAAAACUGCUGACGACCUCCCUGAAAUCAUUCUAAUAUUGUCUUUGAUCUGUGCAGUUGGAGCAUUUUUGAACCUACACUUGAAAGACUUUCCAAUUCCUCUCCCUGUGAUAUUAUUUUUAAUUGGAUGCAGUUUUGAAAUGCUAAGUUUUACAUCUGAUCAGGUACAAAGGUAUGCAGAUGCCAUACAAUCAAUGAGCCCAGACUUAUUUUUUGGUAUAUUUACACCAGUAAUUAUCUUUACUGUUGCAUUUGAGAUGGAUAUAUACAUGCUUCAGAAAUUAUUCUGGCAGUUACUGUUAAUUUCAAUUCCUGGCUUUUUGGUGAAUUAUCUAUUAAUUCUUUGGUAUCUGUCAUCUGUGGAUAAAUUACUUUUGCAACCCACCCCACGGUUGUUAUUUUCAACUAUCCUCAUGAGUUCAGAUCCCAUGCUGACUGCAACUGCUAUAAGAGACCUUGGUCUUUCUAGAAGUCUCGUUGAUUUAAUUAGUGGAGAAAGUCUGAUAACUUCUGUACUUUCUUUCGUUUUGUAUACCAGUAUUGUGGAAAUUAACACCACCCUAAAAUCUCAUGUGAACAGCUCCAUAGCCUAUAAAGUCGUGGAGAGCACUUGGUCAAAUUUUAUAGCAAGUGCAUUAUUUGGAAUGAUAGGUUCAAAUCUGAUUCAACGGUGGAUGGCUACUGCUUUUGUUGAUGAUGUCCAUCAUAUAAAUUUCAGCUCUUCAACUAUGUACCUUAUCUUUUAUAUUAGUGAACUAGUUGGAAUGUCUGGAAUAUUCACCCUGGCAAUCAUGGGACUCUUUUUAAAUUCUGCAAGUCUUAAACCAGGAGUUGAAACAUUUCUUCUUGAAUUCUGGAAUUGUCUCUCAUUUGUUGCUUUUCUUAUGGUUUUCACUUUCAUUGGACUUCUAAUUCCUGCACGUACCUACCUAUAUAUAUCAUUUUCUGAUAUAUAUUAUUCAUUAAACAUCUAUUUCACACUUACUGUUUUAAGACUUGUGGUUUUCUUAUUCAUGAGUCCUCUUUUGUCUCGACUUGGUCAUGGCUUCAGCUGGCGCUGGGCAUUCAUUGUGGUCUGGAGUGAAAUGAAAGGGACACCUAAUAUAAAUAUGGCCCUUCUGUUUGCCUACUCUGACACUGCUCUUGGAUCUGAGAGAGAAAAAUCUCAAGUAUUAUUUCAUGGAGUGUCAGUAUGCUUAAUUAACCUGAUUAUCAGCAGAUUUAUUUUGCCAAUGGCAGUUGAUAAACUAGGGCUUCAUGAUGACAUAUCAACAAAAUAUAAAUCAUUUCAUCAUACAUUUCAACAUUUUCAAGAGCUAACCAAAUCUACAGUCUCUGCACUCAAAUUUGAUAAAGAUCUUGCUAAUGCGGAUUGGAACACUGUUGAGCAAGCAAUUAAACUACAAAACCCAUAUGCAUUGAGCCAAGAGGCAAUAACAGAACAUCCAAAGGUGAAGUGUCCUGAUUGUAACAAGGAAAUCGAUCAUACCCUUAACGUUGAAGCCACACAGCUGGCGAGCAGGCGUCUCUUGUCAGCACAAGUAGCAAGUUACCACAGACAAUACAAGAAUGAGACUCUGUCUCAGAAAGCUGUUCAGAUGCUGAUAGGUGCAGCAAGAAGCUGUAGUGAAAGGACAGGAAAAUGUUUGUGUCCUGACACAAUAAAGAGUUAUUCUGAGGGCAACAAAUUUCUUAACUUUACUAGAAAAUUAAUACUCAAUUGGGUAUAUAAUACUAAAAAAGAAAAAGGGGUCCCAUCAAGAUACUACUUUCUUCGUAUAAGCCAUAAAAUAGUAUUUACUGAUGAAUUUGAGUAUGCCGGAUACCUUGUGAUAUUAAUGAAUCUAUUUCCUAUUACAAUUAUGUGGCUAUCCAUGUUAAAUAAAAUGUAUGAAUAUGAAUUGAAAUAUUCUAACUACAUUUUUCUUUCAUAUUAUAUUUUGGAGAUCCUAAUUAAGAUUGCAGCAAUGAGGAAGGAAUAUUUUUUACAUGCUUGGAACCUAUUUGAAUUAGUAAUUACAUUAAUUGGCAUUAUAGAUGUAAUACUUUCAGAGGCAACUUUCUUUCAUUAUGCUUUUGACUAUUAUCAAGCAGCACUCUUUAUGAAAAUUGUUCAAAUAUUUCGUGUAUUGCGCAUUUUGAAGCUUGUAACACCAAAGAUCCUGAAAUUAAUAGAUAAAAAGAUGAGUCAUCAGUUGUCCCUUAAGUAUGCUAUACUAAAAGGAUAUGUCCAAGGUGAAUCAGACAUAAUGACAAUAAUUGAUAAGAUUGAAAGCUCUAAACAGGUUAAAAAGAUGUUAUUAGGGAGAGUAAAAAAGAAUACAGGACAUGCUAUGAAAGAACUAGGCUACUUGGAGUAUGAUCACCCAGAAAUUGCUAUCACUAUGAAAACAAAGGAGCAGAUUCAUUUCAUGCUCAAUUUAGCUAGACAAAUUGUUAAGGUUUUCAGGCUAAAAGGAAUUCUUCAUAAAGUCGAAGGGGCUGAAAUCGAUAAGUUGAUAAUGAUCAAAAAGAGAGAUAUACUUAAUUUUCAGUCUACUAUCGAACCUCUUUCUGCUGAUGAAGUCUUAUACCAUGUUCCAUGGCUGGAUAAAGACAAACAUCUUAUACACUUCAUUCUGAAAGAAGCCAGAGUUAUAACAUUUGAUUGUGGAAAUGAUAUAUUUAAAGAAGGUGAUGAGCCCCAAGGAAUUUAUGUAAUUGUUUCAGGAAUGGUAAAGCUUGAAAGAUCAAAACCACGUGUGGGAAUUGAAAAAGUACUCUGGGAGUCAGAGGAAAAAGAUGAUCAGCUAACUUACAUAGAUUACCUGAUCAGUGGGGAAAUAAUAGGAGAGUUAAACUGCUUAACUAAAGAAACCAUGAAAUAUUCUGCCAUCUGCAAAACUGUAGUGGAGACAUAUUUCAUUCCCAAAAAUCAUUUGUAUAAAGCUUUUGAUCAAUAUUAUCCUCACAUGGAAUACAAAAUGUGGCUAAAACUUGGACUUUCUAUUACUGCCAGAAAAAUCAAGGAGAACUUGUCUUAUGAGGAUUGGAGCUACAAGCUGCAACUAAAGCUUUGUAAUGUUUUUGUGAAAGAUAUACCAAAGAAUACCAAAACUGACAUCUAUGGUGAAACUGUAGUUUAUGUCAUCCUCAUCCAUGGAGCUGUAGAAGACUGUCAGUUACGAAAAGCUUAUAAGGCCCCUUCCUUAAUUCCUACAACAUGUUGUCAGGUACAAGGCACUGAAGAUUUCACAAAGGUAAUGAUUGUCGAAACACAAGUUGAUCUAAAAAAACUCAAUAGGAGGAGGAGCAACAGAAAGUUUUUGUCUGCACACAAAUCUACCUCAGCAUUUGAAGAACAAAUAUUGGAAGAAGAUCUUAAAAAUGAAGCAAAAUGUUGUGGAAUGGUAGACGAGACUGUUUGGAAGACAGAAGCACUUGUGGCAGGCAUGGCUGAUGUGACAAGCCUCCAGUUCCCAUAUCAAAAGGAACAACUUGAAGAUUGAUCCCACGUGGAUGUCCUUGAUGCCACACAGAAAGGAUCGUGCAGAUAUUCUGUUUAAAAUACAGUUUUUACAAAUUUUCUUUGAUUUAAAAUAUCUACUAUUUUAAAUAUCGAAAGUAUCUUAGAAAAUCCUAGAGUAAGUUUAGUUUUAGAGCCAGAAAAUUAGUUUAUGCCACCUAGAUAGUUUUUUAAUAUUACUUUUAAGGUCAAAAUUGUUUGAUUCAUUUAAUGGAAAACAAAAUACUAUUAAAGUAUAGUUUAAAUGUUGCUCUUGACCCACUAAUCGUUAUCAUUCAUUG